GGCCAGCUCGCAUGGGAAGCAAUCAUACAACGAAUGCGACCACCAACUUGUACGGCACGGGGGGUAAAAAAUCUCCACACACAGCCUGCACAAGCGCUGGCCCCAGCAACUUUCUGUCGUCAACACCGUCAACAUACGCCUCUGCAUCGUGGGGUAAAUAAUUUCGCGAAUUGCCUUGUGUUUGUGCGUACCAAAAAAAGGGUGACACGCGUGCAAGUGUGUGGCUGCCGUGAAAGGGUUCAAUAAUGUGUGCAAAAAGAAGUAAAAUAUGCUGAUCGGUGUGUGUGUGUGAGUAAAGUGCGUUAUCCAUAGUGCUGAUAUGCGGUACGAGCGAUAAGCGAUCAAGAGUAACUCCGACGAGUAGCUUAUCAAAAAGGGGGAGCUUGUUUAGUGGUCGACGUGUCUCGGUGUGUGUGUGUGUUAACGAGAGUGAUCAGAAAAUCCGUAACAUGAAUUGUGAUUCUCUGCAUCAUCCCCGAGUUGGAAAUAGUGCGUGUAACUAGAGGAAUGCAACCGCUCGCAGCAUCCGCCGAAAAGUGUUGUUUUCGGUACAGUCCGGUCUUCCAAGCUGCUUAAGCGUAGUGUGUGCUGUAGUGUGCAGUGAUUGUUGUAGUAGUAAUAGUAGUAGUAGUGCCAAGAGUACCAAGACCAGAGGCGCUAGCGAAAAGGAUUCAUCACUCGGUCCCGCCUGUCAACCGUUCUGUUGUGCGUCAUUUGGCACGGCCCGGCCAGGUGGCAGGUAGCAGAAGAAGGUAGUAGCGAUUUGUUGUCCGACACCGCAAAGCUGACGGCGCCGCGCAGCCGCUUCGUUGAGACCGUUCAAACCGAACCGGGACGGUUCGUGUUGCGGCGAGCGACGGAAACCACCACCAGCACGACGGCGGCAACCAGCGUGGUGCCUGCGGUGCCAGCGAGGAGCAAGGCCAAACCAGGCGCUUCCUGAAAAAUGCCUCCGCCGCCGCCGCCUGGACCGCCACCACCUCCAGGGCCGCCGCCCCCGCCGGCCCUGAAGCUCGGUGGCGGUGCACCGUCGGCAGACGGGCGGAACGCUCUGCUCCUUUCCAUCCAGAAGGGUGCGAAGCUCAAAAAGACGGUUACGGUCGACAAGAGCGCACCGGCCAUUCAGGGCAAGGUUACUUCCGAUGGAGGAGCGACGCGGGCAAACAAUCGGGCACCUGGCCGGCCAACCGGCGACGAUGGUGCACCGGCGGCAGCAGGGCCGACAAUCGGCGGCGGACAGCCGAAGCUGGGCGGCCUGUUCGAGGGGCUGUCAUCGAUGCCGAAAUUGAAACCGGUCGGCAGCAGAACGGGAGCUGGCACAGGAAACGCACCUUCGGCAGUAUCUGGGUAUCAGCAGAACAAAACGCCCUCCCCGGACGCCUCGAAAGGGUCGCCGAUUAACAAUGGGCGGCUGGGGAAUGGUGGCGGUUCCGCCGCCGCCCCGCUAGACUUCUCCGACGAGCUCGCGCAAAAGUUAACGCUCAAAAAACAGAAACAGCAGGGGAGCAUCAGCAGCAGCAGCAGCAGUAGUGGUAGCGUACCUCCCGCCAUGAACCCUCCCCCAACCGUGCCGAACGAAGCGAACCUGCGACUGAACCGAGGACCACCACCGCAACCCCCAACAUCGAUCCAACGGCCAUCCGGAGACAAUUCGGCGUCAAAGACCGCACCGGCACCGCCCUCCUCCAGUCAGAAAAGCCAAGCACCUGCAACACCCAACCACCUGAAGCUGGCCGGAUCGAAACCAUCGUCAGCCACGAACGGACCAAUGUCCGCUAUCCACAGCAGUGCUGCUGCCGCUGCCGCCUCUACUAGUCCCACCAUCAAUGCAACCGGCGGCAGCGCUCCGAUCCCGAACCGAUCUGCCCUGUUUGGCGGUACCACGUCGACGACGGUCCCAACGACGGCUAACAGCAGCAGCAGCGCCAUGGGUAAUGGUAGCGUGCCGAUGGUGGCCGCAGUUCCGGUAGCAUCGAAACCGGUACCCAAUUAUGGCAAACCAAAUCUAGCACCGAAGCCCCCGGGCAUGCAGCUGGGUGGGACGGCCGCAGACGGUGGCAGCGGGACACGACCAACCGUGAGUCGGCAUCAGAGCAUGCGAAGUCCAAGGUCGCCACCGGUUUCGCAAACCGCACCAGCGUUCCCUGCCAAUCACUUCGGUACGAUGCGUGGACCACCCUCGUCAGCGGCCAUGUUCCAAUCGUCGGAAUCGAUUGUACGACCUGUGCGGGAAGUAACGGGUCGACCAUCCGCACCACCGCCAAAGCCUCCCACGAUGAAACCACCGCCACCGCCACCGGUGCGGAGCGUCAGCAAUACGAACCUAACGCACCUGCCUCCCUCGCUCAGUCUGGCACCGUCGUCGCAGGACAACACCGGCGGCACCAGCUCACCGGCAACCGAACCGACCACCUUCGGCUCGGUCAACAACGUGUCCUCGCUUACGCUGGCGGACGAGCUGCGAGCGAAGGUGUCGAACGUGAACCUGUCGGUCGCGGGCUCGUCGGCCAACUCCAUUUCGACCGGCAACUUGAGCGUGCUCGGUGGUGGAAGCACGCUGACGAAAGGUGGCAGCUUGAAAACGACUGCCGCCCCGCCGCUACCACCGCAUCGGACCAGCCCCGCACCACCUCCACCAGUUCCGGCGUCGACGCUGAACUCGGGUGAAGCGCCCGUACCACCACAACGCAUUUCGUCGAUCCGCAAUUCGGCCGGUAGCGGCGGCAGCUUACCAGAGGUACCCACUGUCGGCAGCGUCACCAGCAGCAGCAGCAGUCACAAUCAGAGUCAUCAUAGUCAAAACAGCACCGUCAUUAUCACGAGCACCUCCACAUCAGCUGCUGGUGGUGGCGGCAGUUUGCACCGGAAGGACACAUCGCUAACGUCGGUCAGCAGCAGUUCGUCGGCGGCGGCGACCAGCAGUAAGAUGCCCCUGCCAGAGAUCGACCUGGAGGCGAAGUACGCGUUCUACUUCCACAAGGUGACCGAGUUUCCGCAGCCGAUACCGUUCCUGAAUGUGCCCAAAAUCUAUCAAAGCGAACUGCGGCAGCAGCAGCAGCAGCAGCAAGGUGCCGCACAACCGCAACCGCCCCAUCGGCAGUAAAAUUCGCCCUCCGGUCACUGAGGGAAACGAUCCAACCUAAAAGCGGUAUGAUGGAUGUAGAACGCUUGCCUGAUGCUACCAAACAGCGUAGAACUGCAUAUCCGGUUGCAAAAACAGUAUUUACGCGCAGACGAACGUCACGAUGCACAUUAGCAUUCAGAUGCACCCGUAACACACACACACGCAUGUGGCUGUUGAACAUCAAUGCGAAGAAGAGAAACAAAUCGACACGUGAUUAUUAAGCUCAAUUAUUACGUUUGUAGUAGUACAUUGCCGAUUGAUCGAUCGAGCACCUGAAGCGCGCGGACGGGUGAAACAGGUAAAAGUGAUUUAAAUAUGCAUUAUGCACACGGACACACAUACACACAACACAUAAAACACACACAUAGGAACCACCCUUUUACACUUAGGAGCGUUACACAGGCGAUAUAUUACCCGGAAUGGCGGAAAGAACUAAAAUCGACACAAAAAUUCCUGGACAAAAGGAUACAUAUAUGAGCGGCAAAGAAAAGCAUCAAAUCAUAUCAAAGGAUAAGCAAAACAGUAGCAGAAAAACAAACGUUUAAACGCAGUAAUUAAAUGUAUCUAACUAAAAGGCAACACAGUAUCGCUACUAAAAUCUACUUAACAUAAAUAGCAAACCUAAAUUUACUUCGAACGCAGUAAAACAAAAAGGGUGAACGAUUCACUGAAAGCGUCGUACGUUAUCGUAAUUGGCAUUUGGAGGGAAAGAAAGAAAAAAAAAGGAAAGGAGAGGAAAUCAUAUUUAUCGCACGCAAUGAACUGUAAUGGAGCCAGCAAGUAGAAACGUAUAAAAUGUACAUAGUGAUACAAUCGGAAGUUGUUGAUUUUUAGUUGAAGAUUCGUUUCAAAAUUUAGCAGGAUUAAUCUGUAUUAAUCGUACAUACACACACACUAGGGUUAGGGGAAAGAAAGAGUAGAUCGUAGAGUAUAGCUACACACUGUUAUUAAAAAAAAAGGUUCGAUAGCUGAGCGUUUUCAGACCGUUUUCACACCCUUUUCCAUCCCAUUUUUCGAAACCAACAACACACCCAUGUUUACCUCUUCUAAUGUGUAGGAAAAAAAACCCACCACGGGGCGGGCGAUGUUUCCGUGUUGUGCGAGCCAUCGAGCCGUUUCGAGAUUGCUGCAGCUCGUAUUAUUCUCGCACGGAAGCGCACUGCAUUUCGAUUGGGAGGAGAAGGUGGACGUAUUUAGUCAUUUUAUCGGAUUGUAUUUUUGUUAUCGGAUCAAACUAUCGUAUAAUGGCAUCAGUGUCAAAGGCGUGAUAUGCAACGGGCGCGUCGAAACAUUGCCGCAUAGAAUUGUUUUCAUUGUAGGAUCUAAAUCAUACCCCCCCUCGUAACCAUUAAUAAGCAAUGUUCGAUAGAAAAGGCGAUCUACUGCGCGUGCGUGUUAUACGGUGCAAAGAGAGUGUAGAUCCGUUAUGUUGUAGCAUCCUUCUAACAAAAGCAAUCGACGCGGGUGUGGUCAACACUCGGUGCCCUGGCAUUAGUAGCGUAAGAACAAACGGGGCGAAAGGGGGGACGAACAGUUUGUGAAGGUAAUAGACAAUUUAAUCAUUUGGGGAACAAUCAUUGCAAAAACAAAAGGACAAAUAAGACAGAACAGUGAGUUAGCGCGCAUCCGGGAAAGGGAAACCGUUCAAAAUCAGUGUUGUAUCAGUGUGUAUAAAGAGUUGCGCAGUAACUGCGCACAAGAAGCGAGCCACGCGAGCUCUAGAUGGAGGCAUACUCGGGUGCGUUACCUAUUUGCGGCAAGCGUGACAGAACAGAAGGCCAUGAAACAUGGACCAUCGGUGAUCGGUGAUUGGUGCGCAGCGGCAAGGCUUUACGCACCAACGUUGCGCAUUGGCGGGACCCAUCCACAGGAGGCAAAGGAAACGUGCAGGUGGACAGUAAGGCACACACACAGACACAUAAAACCCACAGACGAGAGAUAUGUAUUCGUGCUCGGGCGUUUCUUUAUUAAUCCCAAUUUGUUAUUUCCAUUUGUUGUAAAUAUGAAUUAAUAUCAGAACAAUAUUUAAUCGUAAAAUGGUUCAUAGAUACCGACGAGAGAGCCGUUGAGAGCGGAAGGGGGUAUAGGGACGGGAGACCGAAGUCAGUGCAAACGCGAAACGACUGCAAACAAUAACAGAUGAAAAAUUAAACAUCGUA